AUGGAGCCGAGGCCAAAGAGAUGCUGUUCUGUGGACGCAGGUUUAAACCAACUACCGCCUCCGCCUCGCUGGAAUUCUCCAAACAAGUCAUUCUCCUUUUACCCGACCGAAACGGUACACUCUCGCGUCAGUACACACGUCCGAGAACGAGGACCUCGACGCCGGAUGAACGUCUCUUUCACGAAUGACCGCUACAUAGAAAUAAUGCGAGAGAACUAUCGUCUGUUACGACAGAUUGUGAACUCGAAGUCGACUUUACCUCAGAGAAGAAAGAAGAAGUUGUCUCCGUCUAUGCCAAUCACUGACCAUCUCUCCGACCCGGACCGAGCGCUGCGGCUGGAGCGGAUUCGCGAUGAAAAUAUGCCGCUCAAAAUGAACGAAAUGGAGGCGAAACGAGCACUUUCCCCAGAGUCCUGUCAGCGGAAUGGCGAGGAGCUCGACGUAAUCACCAGCGUUGCAUACUUGGACCUCAACAACUCGCUAGACGUGAAAAUCAGCCGAAUAUGGAAGACGGCAUGGGUCUGCUUUAAUCCCAGCCUCGAUCUGGCAGCCGUGCAUACGAUAGGUCAGGACUGCUUUCAGCAGCAAGCGAUUAAGACGAACGUCAAGCAGCAAAGCCUCCAGGCUAGGCAGGCACUUCCGUGGUGUCCAAAUAGCGUGUCGAUUCGAGCUCCCGAAUUUUCAGCCGGUGUGCCUUUUGGAAACUGCUUCACCAUACGUCCAUAG